GUUCUCCACAACAUACACAAACCAAAGAAUCCAUGGCGACCCCUGAAGACUGCGGCGCCAGCUGGCUGCUCUACCUAUCGCUGGCAGCUAAAUGCGGCGGCGACAACCCGCUCCGCCUAGCCGGCCUCCUCGCCGUCUGCGCCGUCGCCUGCGUGCUCACAUGCCUCCUGCACUGGUGCGUCCCCGGCGGUCCAGCAUGGGGCAGCUGGUGGUGGACGCGCAGGCCCGGCCUCCCCAAGGCCGCCGCCGUCCCGGCCGGCCCGAGGGGCCUGCCGGUGAUCGGCAGUAUGUGGCUCAUGACGGGCCUCGCGCACCGCAAGCUCGCCGCCGCGGCGGACCGCCUCGGGGCGCGGCGGCUCAUGGCCUUCUCCCUCGGCGAGACGCGCAUGAUCGUGGCAGCGCACCCCGACGUGGCCAGGGAGAUCCUCAACAGCCCGGCCUUCGCCGACCGCCCCGUCAAGGAGUCCGCCUACGGCCUCCUCUUCCACCGCGCCAUCGGCUUCGCGCCACACGGCGCCUACUGGCGCGCGCUCCGCCGCGUCGCCUCCACGCAUCUCUUCUCCCCGUGGCAGGUCGCCGCCUCCGCGCCCCAGCGCGCCGUCAUCGCGCGCCAGAUGAUCGCCGCCAUCACCGAAGCCGGCGCGGGCGUCGAGGUCCGGCAAGUCCUGCGGCGCGCGUCGCUGCACAACGUGAUGUGGUCGGUGUUCGGCCGCCGGUACGACCUCGGCGUGGACAGCGAGGAGGUGCGCGAGCUGGGCCAGCUCGUGGACGAAGGCUACGACCUGCUGGGGCAGCUCAACUGGUCCGACCACCUGCCCUGGCUCGCCCGCUUCGACCUGCAGAGCACCCGGGCCAGGUGCUCCCGCCUCGUGCCCCGCGUCAACCGCUUCGUCGGCCGCAUCAUCGACGGCCACCGCGCCUCCCCGUCCGCCGUCAAGGACUUCACCGACGUGCUCCUCUCCCUCGACGGCGCCGACGCGCUCGCCGACGCCGACAUGACCGCGGUGCUCUGGGAGAUGGUGUUCCGCGGGACGGACACGGUGGCGGUGCUGAUGGAGUGGGUGCUGGCGCGGCUGGUGCUGCACCGGGACGUGCAGGCGCGGGUGCACGACGAGCUGGACCGGGUCGUGGGCCGCCACCGGGCCGUGGCCGAGUCCGACGCGGCCUCGCUCGUCUACCUGCACGCCGUCAUCAAGGAGGUGCUGCGGCUGCACCCGCCGGGCCCGCUGCUCAGCUGGGCCCGCCUCGCCACGUCGGACGUCCACGUGGACGGCUUCCUCAUCCCCGCUGGCACCACCGCCAUGGUGAACAUGUGGGCCAUAACCCACGACCCCGACGUGUGGGCCGACCCGCUCGACUUCCUGCCGGAGCGCUUCCUGGCCACAUCCGAGGUCUCCGUCAUGGGGUCCGACCUCCGGCUCGCGCCGUUCGGGGCCGGCCGGCGGAGCUGCCCGGGGAAGAGCCUCGCCAUGGCCACCGUCGCCUUCUGGCUCGCCACGCUGCUGCACGAGCUGGAGUUCCUCCCCGCCGCCGACGACGGCGUCCGCCUGGACGAGAAGCUCAGGCUGUCGUGCGAGAUGGCCGCGCCGCUGGCGGUGACGACCAGGCCUCGACGCCCGGCGUGAUGACGAAGCCCUGCUUACGUACGCUUGCUUGGUGCCUAGCUUAGCUAGCUAGCUAGAGACGUUGUUGGUUGUCACUUACCGGUCGGUCGGCCGGCCUGCUCGCCCGCUCGUUACCACGCACGCGCGGGCACUUCUGGCCGUGCACCCGCGCGCGCUGGCUGGCUUAUCCUCAGGGGCCAGCCGUAGCAAAUGAAUUACUCCUCCUCCAUCAGUCCUCACUAGUAGACUUUUUUAUGCUAUAUCGACGUGCCAGGUGAAGACGGUGAUGUUUUGCCAUUUUGUUCCCCCCUUUAUUUUCUUGGAUGUUUCUUUGCCAACUGUGGUCUCUGUAAAAUAUAUAUAUAGCUAAUUAAUGUGUACAUAUCUAUCUAUCAG